UCAUUGAAUUUUUGCUCAUUCGGUACAAUAACGGCCUCUCAAUCGGUUGGUGACUUUGAACUUUGCCGCUGUAAGGAUCUAGUGAACCGUUUCCUGUCGGAGAUGGGAAUAGGUGGAAAAGCUAUCUGGAUAGGUGGGAUAUUCCAGUUGGUGCUGUUGCUAGGCCUUUGUAUGGCUAUUGGUCACCGAGCGCUAGCUGCUCCUGAAGGAAUAAAUGUGUACAAAGAUAUACUGCGAGGAAAAAGCGAUGAGGAUUACUACGAUGGAACUAUCAGCGAGGAAGGCGAACCUAAACUGUUUUUCUUCCGGACACCUGUCAGUUCCUAUGCGGGGCUCAAUCUGGCAGACACCUUCGAAACUUAUGGAAAACGCACCUUUAACAAAUACAAAAAUAUGAUGCUGAACAAAGAUGUUCCAGAAAUAUUGAUCGAAGAUCCUGAAGAAAUCAAGGAAUCUGCCAAAUUCUACAUCCCCCGAAUAAUGCCAAAAAGAACGCCAGGUGCCAUUUUAAGCUGGGCCAUCCCAGCAGCAAAUCGAGUGAGAGUCAUAAGCACCAACUACCGACCUCCUGGGAUAAAUCGACCAGCAGCUUAAUUCGACCGAUGGAGCAAACAUCAACGCUACCCAGCAUGGAAAUGGAUGUCACUAAACGAAUGUUGUCUAAAUCUGCUCUGCAACACUAUUGUGCCCUCCAAGCCAACACCAUACUAACAGCAACAAGGAAAACGGUCAUCUCAGAGGCAAUGAAAAACUAAAGCUCAUCAAUAUGGAUAAUGCUAGUUUUGUUCUGUUGUUAAUAAAAACUUGUUCGAAUUAGGAAGUUCCAUCACACAUUUACAUGUUUCGCAUUCACUAUUAUUAUAGUUGUAAAAAAUUAUAAAUAAUACUGAUUUCUUUGGUUUA